AUCAAAUCAGUGCAAAUCAAGUAUAAUUAAUUAAAACAUUCUUCCACCAAACAAUGUAGUUCCUCAGAAUCAGUUGUGGUUGUAACAAAGUGGUUGCCGAGCAACACACAGAAGUAAAGAAAAUUAUUGUUGCAGCUGUAAAACCGGCACAGUUGUGUGUAAAUGGUCUGAUUUGUUUGUGGAAGCAAACGUGCGACAUCCGAGCGCAGCCAUCGUGGGUUAAUUCUACAGCGAGCGGGAUGGGACAAACGUGCACGCGAUUGGUCACCUAAAGUCACGUGGGUUUGCGAUCAUUUAUUAUUACCAGUGCUGACGGGCUCGCUCACGAACUGAAAACACCAUUCAUUCCAGUCAUAGUUUAGCAGAGGUACAUUUUUAGCCAUUAAAUAAAAAAUGGCUGAGGCAAGUGAAACCUGGGAUGAGUAUCCAGAAGACUCCGUGACCAAUCUCUUCAAAAACAUAAGUAUCCACAAAACAGAACUGCAGCGGUCAGAUGGUAAUUCUGAAGGACGAGGAAAGUCACGAAGGGAAUUUGUGAAACUGCCUUGUGGUCAUCGAAGGCCAGCACAUUAUAUCAUCGCUUGGUUCAAGUAUUGUCUUAAACAGAGACAGACUGAGUUCAGCUGUCCUGCGUUUGACGAGAGCCGGAAGAGAAUCUGUGGAGCGAAGCUCUCUUUUGAGGGCGUCUGUGGACUGAUCCCGCUGACGAGCAAACAGACGCAGUUCUUCCAGGAGAACCUCAGUCUAGUCACCGCUGGACAUCUCUGCCACUAUAAAGCUUGUCCAGGCUGCCUGACCUACGUGGAAAGACGAGAUCAGACAAACCUGUGUGUCCACUGCACCAUCUGCACGGCCACCAAGAAACACACAUACUACUUCUGCUGGAGCUGCCGGAGCGAAUGGAAGGGCCCCCCUACCCACAAUGCACUGCGCUGCAGCAACAACAGAUGUGGACAAGAAGUGAUACGUGAAGAUCCUCUGGUGCCGUGCACACCUGAAUUUAAAGAGAAGAAGCUUAGAAAAAAGAGAGAUGAUAUUUACCCAGUGAAGGAGAGGUCCUCUGACAGGAAACGUCUUGCGCUCCUCAUUAAUAAUGUGGAGUUUGAAUAUUUAGAUAAUCGGGACGGGGCAGAGAAGGAUGAGAUGAGUAUGGAGCGACUGCUGAAGGCUCUCGGUUACACCGUGCUGACACUAAGAGACCUCACAGCACAGGGCAUGAGCGCUGCCAUGCGAGACUUCUCCCAGCGAGAGGAGCACAGCCGAUCAGACAGCUGCUUCGUGGUGCUCAUGUCACAUGGAAGCGCCUCUGGAAUCUGUGGAGUUUCCAGCAUAGUGAACUCGGACGGGGAAGAGGACAUUUUCUCCACAGAUGACAUUUAUAAUUGCUUGAACACAACAAACUGUCCUGGUCUGCGAGACAAGCCUAAAAUCAUCCUCAUCCAGUCGUGUCGGGGCGGUAAUGAUGGAUGUGUGGAUGUCCAGGACAGCAUGCCAAAGACAGAGCACCGAGAGAAAGACUUCUGCUGCCUGAGGUCCUGCACUCCCAAUACUGUUUCCAUCAGGAAUCCUCAGAGAGGCUCAGAUUUCAUCCAGGAUAUCGUGGAAAUAUUUAAUAAGCACGCUCACGAGGAUCACAUCGAGGAGCUCUUCAGAAAGGUCCUUAAGAAGUUUAAGGAGCAUCAUCCGCGUCAAAUGCCAAGCAAAGAGAGAACAACACUAAAUAAACACUUCUACCUCUUCCCUGGGCUGUGAAAUGCAAAGACAUGUAAUCACAAUUAUGUUUGAUUUUUAAAGCCUUGUAGACCCUGUAUGUGAAUAUUAAAAAUAUAAAACACAAAAGGUCA